AUGCUGCUAUUCCUGCCUAUGAUGCUCACGCUACUGCUGGUGCCAAUCUUGGUGUUGCUGCUGAGGCUGCUGCCGGUGGUGCUGCUGUUGUGGGUGGGCAUUAAGGUAUUCCAGGGAGAGCGCGAGAUGGCAGCAGCGAAUAAGCUGCUGGGGCAGUUCGACUUGGUAGGGAUCCCACCGGCUCCGCGGGGGGUUCCUCAGAUCGAAGUUACUUUCGAUGUUGAUGCAAAUGGCAUUAUGAACAUCAGCGCUGUGGACAAGAGCACAGGCAAGCGGCAGCAGAUCACCAUUCAGAGCAGCGGAGGCCUAAGCGAGGCACAGAUCCAGCAAAUGGUCCAGGAUGCAGAACGCUUCAAGGAAGAAGACCAAAAGCAGAAGGAUGCUGUCGCAGCAAAAAACGAAGCCGAGACCCUCCUUUACUCUGACAAAAUUUCUGCUGAAGACAAAGCCGAGCUAGAGAAGCGCAUGGAACAGCUGCGGGGUGUUUUGGGCGAAGGCGAUGCAGACACUCUCCGCGCCAAAGUCAAGGAGCUGCAGGAAUUGUCUUGGAAGGUGUCUCAGCAGGCAUACAGCAGUCAGAGCAACACCACUUCAGCGGAAGGAGAGAGCAGCACCAGCAGCAGCGGAGACAGCAGCAGCAGCGCAGGAGGCGAUUCCGGCAAUAAGCCAUGA